CGUCACGGUCAUGUGCUCCUCUCGCGCCCCCACAAACAAACCGUCAGCAGUGUAAUGCGCCGGGUGCUUACACUGUGGUGGUUGGUGAUGACGGGUGGCGGGCUCCUGGGUGUUAUUUUAUUGGUUUUUAUUAGCGACGGAGCAUUCGGCAUAACCACCGCUUCUACGCCGGAAGGCGCGGGCGACGUCAGCGACGACGAUCUAUCUCUGGAAAGCCCGGGUCCCCCGUUCGGGUGGGACGUGCCUCGUGAGGGUAGGCCUAUGCCCCGCUGGGUGCGGGGAGCCAAUGACCUGCCGCUGCAGCCGGACUGGGACAGCGCCGCCACCUGGUGGAUGACUUCGCUGGCGGUGGGCGAAAGCUGCCGGCAGCUGCUGUGGGAUUUCGCCCAGAGCAGCGCGUCCCUGGUCAGCUGCGUGGUGAAGAACGCUCGGCCGGUGCGGGUUUGCGAGGAAUGCACCCCGCAGUUUCACAGCUUGUGGGAGGCAUUCGCCAACAUAUCAGUACGUUCCGGGGAGCAAGUGUCUCAUCGCCUCAAACUUACACGUCCUUUCGCUAUGAACUUGACACAGCAGCUGUGGAGCAAAACCUACAACUGCAUUGUCCCCUGCAGUGAUACUAUUCCAGUCAUUGCAGUGUCAACAUUUCUUCUCUUUCUACCUGUCAUCUUCUACCUCAGCAGCUUCCUUCACUCUGAGCAGAAGAAAUGGAAGCUUAUGGAGCCUAAACGUUUGAAGCCUUGCAGCAGCACAGCACAUAUUGAAGACAGAUCUUCCUGAAAUUCUGCCAAUACAGCUUUUUCUUUUAAAAAAGGACCAAAUCUUUGUGGUGCAGAAAUAAUAAAAUCGUGAGGAAAUGUUGUAGCAAUAUGUAUAAGGUCUUUGGACAAUGCAUCCUUUGCAUUUGUAAUUUAAACACUUACUAGUGUUUAAGUAGUUAUCUUUUGAAAACUUGCACAUUGGAAAUGCUGUCAAAGCCACAUGAAGACUGCUAAAGAUACUCACUUAUCUCGUUCAUUUUUGUUGCCUCUGCCUUAAGUUUAAUACUGUAACUGAGGAAAAAUGUAAAGUUUAAAUCUGGUUUUAUUGAAGUGCCCUAAGUUAGGAUAGAUCUCAGCUUUUUGAAAUUGAACAUUCAACUCUGAUGUUUACAUGUUGAGAUAAUAAGUUAAGCAUUGAGAGAAUUCUAAGCAUUUAAAUCUAAUAAGCUAGUUAGAUUGUUUUGACUAAUUCUAAAACACAGUUGAAUUAAAACAUACUGGAUGUUGUCCGUAGGGAAGAUGCACCUUUUCCUGGUUUGAUAGGUUUAUAUUUUAACCCAGCUGAUUAUAAAUGAUGUACUAUUUUUUUUUUUUUCGAAAUGUGGUAGCACUGUAGUUAGUUGCCUGUAACAUUAAUUUUAGUUUGGAAUUUAGCUUGCUGAUUUUUUUUUUAUUUGAUACUUUGUAAUUUAAAAAUAGGGGUCAGGCAGUUGAGUGCAAAUAGAAUGAUUAAAGUAGAUUCAGAAAAAAUUUAGAUUUGAAACCAAGUAAUAGAACAGAUGCUGAAACAAAUUAGGAGUACCUUUGGCAUUUGUGACAAGAUGCCCUUGACGUGCAGAAUAAUAAAUCCAUGCCACGGAUGUGCAGUUAAUGAUAGCUAUAAAAUCUGGGAUGGUAAAACAGUUGAAUGCUGCGAUACAAAGUUUGGAUUAUGUCUGGAAGGGUGCAGUGUGAAUAUUUUCAGAUGGUUUUCCUUAUCUGUAUUUACCUUUUGUGUUCUUGCAAUCGGUGCUUGUCUGAAUUUUUAAAAUGGUAAAUAGACCUAUUGUGAGCUUGCAUUGAGUAUGCAUUAUGUUUCUUUGUUUCUGUUUACUAUGAGAGAUUUUUGGAUCAAUCACUUUAAGCAAGAAUGAAGCAUUCCAUUAUGUUCACCUACUGACUUGUGAAUGAUGUGAAGUUUGUGCAUUUUCCUCCCUGUUUUUUUAAGUAAUCCUUCAGUUUUUUUCAAACUUAAAUGGAUUGAAACAAUGCAGUAAGUUGUCUUUGUUUUAAAUUAAAUUGUUUGUACACUGUCA